GCACUAUCUUUAUGUUCACAAGAAUUGCAAUUUACAAGUAACACCCUUCCACACUUAAACAUUUUCGUCAGCUUCAUACCACCACCUAGAUAAGCUUGCUUGUGUCCUUUAAAUAACAACAACAUCUGCCUGUUUCUACCAUAAAAUUUAUUACUAUAGAAUUUAUUAGCUAAGCUUGUAAGCUUUUAUGUUUUCUUCUUUCUAGCAAAUAAAAAGUGAGCUAUGGAAACCGACAAAGAGCAAAUACAUUCUUCUUGGUUGUCAUGGUGUUGCUUAAGGAGAACUUCUUCCUCAUUUUUAAGGCCUGAAAGAGAAGCUAAUGGUGAUGGGAAACAUCAGCUUGUAAUGGUGAACUCAAACCAGAUAAAGCCUGGUGGAUGGAAGUCUAUGCCUUUCAUUCUAGGAAAUGAAACAUUUGAAAGGCUAGCAACGUUUGGGGUAUUAGCCAAUUUUAUGGUGUAUUUGAGACGUGAGUAUCACAUGGACCAAGUGACUGCCACUAACGUCAUAAACAUCUUCUCGGGCGUUUCUAACUUUGCCCCUUUGCUUGGUGCCUUUCUUUCUGAUGCCUUCAUUGGCCGCUUUUGGGCCAUCGCCUUUGGUUCUUUGGCUUCUUUUUUGGGUAUGUUGGCACUAACUUUAACAGCCAGUAUCCCUAGCCUAACACCACCAUGGUGCCCAUACAAUGACCACCAUGACCAAAUAUCGGGAGUCCAACAAAUGAGUUCAUGCUUGAAGGCCAACGGUGUUCAAUUAGGCUUCCUAGUGUUAGGCCUUGGGCUACUUUGCAUAGGGACAGCAGGAAUUAGGCCUUGUAGCAUACCAUUUGGAAUGGACCAAUUUGAUCACACAACUGAAGAAGGUAGAAGAGGGAUCAAUAGCUACUACAAUUGGUAUUAUACAACUUUCACAAUUGUGGUAAUGUUGACUCUUACUGUAGUAGUGUAUAUACAAGAUUCAGUGAGUUGGGUUUGGGGUUUUGGAAUUCCUACAAUGCUCAUGUUUUGCUCCAUUCUUCUCUUUUUCUUUGGGAUGAGAUUGUUUGUGUAUGUCAAGCCUCAAGGCAGCAUCUUCUCUAGCAUUUUUCGAGUUCUCGUCGCCGCCUAUAAGAAGCGUCACCUUGAGCUUCCGCAUGCCGUCGAGAAGGGUGUUUUCCAUGAUCCACCCCCUUCGGGAGUUCUUGAGUCAAUACUUCCUCUAACUCAUCAAUUCAGCUUCUUAAACAAAGCAGCUAUAAUCCGUGAGGGGGAGCUCAACAUAGAUACUACACCAACACCAGCAAGCAGAUGGAGUUUAUGUAGCAUCCAAGAAGUAGAAGAAGUGAAAUGUGUAAUACGAGUACUUCCUAUUUGGGCAUCUGGGAUAAUUUGUUUCACGGCAGCUGCACAACAAUCAACUUUCGCAGUCUCACAAGCCAUGAUAAUGAACCGAAACAUAGGGCCAAAGUUCCAAAUUCCACCAGGUUCAAUUGGCAUUAUAUCCAUGCUUGCCAUAGGAGUUUGGGUGCCAAUCUACGACCGUUUCCUCGUUCCAUCCCUUCGAAAGAUCACGAAACACGAACAUGGCUUUACGCUCCUCCAAAGAAUGGGAAUCGGCCUCGUGUUUUCGAUUAUCUCGAUGGUUGUAGCUGGUUUAGUCGAGCAAAAAAGAAGGAACACCGCAAACAUUCACCACCAAAGGCUAUCCAUCAUAUGGUUAGUCCCUCAACUAGUCAUGUUAGGGCUUGCUGAAGGGUUCAAUUUUAUAGCGCAGAUUGAGUUUUACAACAAGCAAUUUCCAGAGAAUUUAAGAAGCAUUGCUACUUCUAUGUUCUUUAUCACUGUAGCUGGUGCUAGCUACUUGAGCAGUGCUGUGGUGAAUUUGGUACAUAAAUAUACUAGUCGACAUGGUAAGCCUGAUUGGUUAACUAAUGAUAUUAACCAAGGGAGGGUAGAUUUCUUUUACUACUUGCUUGCUAUAAUGGGUGUUCUAAAUUUUAUAUAUUUUAUAAUUUGUGCUAGGAAAUAUAAAUAUAAAAUACUUAGUAACGUUAACUUAGAGGUGAAAGAGAUUGCUAUUGUAGAUCUUAAUCGAGUUAAACAUUGAAAAAAAGAGAGGGAGAGUUGUCUAAGGUGUAUAAAUAUUUUGUGUAAUAAGGUGAGUUUGAGAGUCUUGCUAAUUGCAUGCUUUAUAAAUAAAAAGUUACAUUUUAUAUAUAGUUGUGUAAUAAUUUCAUCCAUUAUAUUUUAGAGUUCAUUCAUUAUAAACCUUGGUAUAAUACCAUGUGUAUGAUAUAUUUAAUGAUUUAAUGAUAUUUAUUCUCAUUUGGAACA